AUGUAUGGCGGCGGCAAACUCCUCUACGCCGCGGAUGCGCGGCUCAACGAGUUCGACGUGCCACAGAUGGAGCGCGUCAUGCUUGUCGGCCUCUGGUGCGUGCACCCGGAUCAUGGCUUCCGACCGUCGAUCAGGCAAGCCAUGAGCGUGCUCCAGUUCGUAGUCCCUCCCCCGGAUCUCCCUCGGAAAAUGAUGGUGCCACUGUACUACAUGCAGCAGCUAAAUGGUGGUGGAUAUAGAUGGCAUUACGAGUCGUCGUCGGCCGGGAGCUCCGGCGACGGCGAGGGAGGGCAGCCAUCGAUGCCUGGCUCAUUAAUGGGAAAGAGCCACAGCCACGGGAUACGUUCUUUCAGCACAGCCGGUCGACAUGAAAAGAUGCUGCAAUAG